CGUAAACACAUCGCCUUUAUUAAUCUUACACCAAUUUUUUAGAGGUUACUGGUCACCUCCAAUUGACUUUCCAAUGGGUUCUUGGAGAUAACUUAGGCAAUUUCUGAUUGCAAUGAGAUCUGGCGAGGCAUUUCCUAAGGAGACAUAAGAUCAUCGGGGCAUAGCUAGAAGAGAUGGCAACAAUAGCGACUUCGUGCGGCAUCAUUGCCCUAAUAUUUGGUGGCUGCUGCUCAAAUGUCUACGCCCUCGAGGCAAUCCUUAAGCGAGAUCCCGAAAGCGGUCUUCUGGUCACGUUGAUGCAAUUCGUGAUCACCGCGCUUGCAGCUCUCCCAACCCAAUAUGAUCCCAACAGCAGGUUCUUCCUCAAGAAGACCGCGGCGCCGAUCCGGAAAUGGGCCAUGAGUGCGCUGAUGUUCUUUGCAGUCAACAUGCUCAACAACUGGGCUUUCGCGUUCAACAUCAGUGUCCCUGUGCAUAUCAUUCUCCGGAGCUUCGGAAGCGUGACGACUAUGGGUGCCGGUUGGGUCAGAGGGAAGAGGUAUUCUCGGAUCCAGGUCAUUUCAGUCCUUCUAUUGACUUUCGGGGUGAUCUUGUCGGCGUGGGCCGAUGCGCUGUCCAAGGGCAAUAGGAUGGACACGGCUGAUAUCAAGGUCACGGAUACAUCAUUCGAGAUGGGCCUCCUCAUCCUUCUGGUGGCGCAAAUCCUCUCCGCAUUCAUGGGAAUCUAUGUUCAAGAGACGUUCAAUGAGUAUGGCAAGGCUUGGGACGAGAAUCUCUUCUACUCCCAUUUCUUCAGUCUUCCCCUGUUCAUCCCGCUGCAAUCCAGUCUCAUGACGCAGUACGCGACGCUCGGCUCAUCCGCACCGAUGGCCAUCCCCCCAUCCAUCGCGCUCACGAUGCCGUUCUUCCUCCAGAAGAUCCUCCUCCACCUGCCGCGGUCGGUCUUCAUGCUUUUCCUCAACGCCAUCACGCAGCUCCUGUGCAUCAGCGGCGUCAACCUGCUGAGCGCCAACACGUCCGCCGUGACCGUGACCAUCGUGCUGAACAUCCGCAAGCUGGUGAGCUUCAUGCUCAGCAUCUGGCUCUUCGGGAACAAGAUGAGUGGGCUGAUGAUGCUGGGCGCGUUCGUGGUCUUUGGAUCGGGGGCGCUAUAUGGGUGGGAGACGAGCAUCGGAAUUCCGAGACGGCGGGCCAAGGGGAGACCUAAGGUAGCGGGGAAGAAAGAGCUCUAGAGUAGAAUUAUAGCACAGCAUCAUAGAAUCAUAGAAUCCGACUGGUCCUGC